AUGCGGAAGGACGGUGAUGUGCUCGCCAUGGGUAUCGAGGGCAGCGCCAAUAAGCUCGGUGUAGGCAUCAUUCGCUACUGCGCUGACGGCGAGACGGAAAUCCUGUCCAAUCCACGCAAGACAUACAUCACGCCGCCGGGCCAGGGCUUCCUGCCUCGCGAGACAGCUUGGCAUCAUCAGAACCACGUGGUGGGCAUCGUCCGUGCGGCGCUGGCGGAGGCCGGUGUCUCUCCGAAACAACUAGACUGCAUCUGCUACACUAAAGGACCGGGAAUGGGUGGUCCACUGCGCUCUGCUGCCGUCUGCGCGCGCAUGCUCUCCCUAUUGUGGAACAAACCGCUGAUAGGCGUCAACCACUGUGUCGGACACAUUGAGAUGGGUCGGACGGUGACCAAGGCUGCCGAUCCCGUCGUGCUAUACGUCAGUGGCGGCAAUACUCAGGUCAUCGCGUACUCGAUGCAAUGCUACCGCAUCUUUGGCGAGACGAUCGAUAUCGCCGUUGGAAACUGCUUGGACCGCUUCGCGCGAGUGCUGGAGCUGUCGAACGACCCAAGUCCCGGAUACAAUAUUGAAGUCCUGGCGAGAGAAGGCGAAAAGUUCAUCGAGCUGCCGUACAUUGUGAAGGGCAUGGACGUGUCAUUCUCGGGUAUCUCGACUUUCAUCGAAAAAGAAGCCAAGGACAAGAUCAAGUCGGGCGAAUGCACAAAAGCAGAUCUGUGCUAUUCGUUACAAGAGACGAUCUUCGCCAUGCUGGUGGAAAUUACGGAACGUGCGAUGGCACACUGUGGCCAAUCCGAGGUGCUUAUCGUCGGUGGCGUCGGAUGUAACUUGCGUCUUCAGGAAAUGAUGGAGAUCAUGGCGAAAGAGCGCAACGGACGCGUCUGUGCAAUGGACCAGCGCUAUUGCAUCGACAACGGUGCGAUGAUCGCUCAGGCUGGAGUCCUUGAAUUCCAGUACGGAAAGACCACGCCACUGAAGGAGGCUACUUGCACGCAAAGCAGCAUCCAGGCUUUUAUCAAAUCAGGGGCACUGGUGGAAACAGUUCGUGCGAUGAGUGUCAACCUGGACUCCCCUGCGUUUAUUGGCCCGUGCGUUGAGCUGCUCGUUGCUCUGGUGAAUAAAGCUGGUAAACUCAUUGCAGAGGCUUUAUGGGAAACGGAGAUAUUGGCUGUUCUCGACAAAAUUGUGCACAGUGUCAUGUACCAGAAUGAAUCUCUGAAGAUCGAUCGUGCUGUGCCCGCUACCACCGCGAAUAUCAUUUUGAAGACGUUGGACCAGUGCUAUCGACAGCUUGUCGAGAUAAACAGGGCAUUUGCGUCAGCUUCCGUGGUAAUUGUCGUUCGAGAAGAAGCUCGUGCAUUUCUGGACCGUGGAGGUGUAGCGAUACUCGCGAAAUUCUUCACGUCAAGAUCAACAUUAAAUAACGCAGCAAUUGAAACUGCACUAGCGCAAACACUGUACUACGUGUCAAUGCACUGGCCUGAUGAGAUUUGGAAUGUGAUUCAAGCCAGUGGCACCGGCCUAAGCAAGUGGAUCGAAGUGAUUAGCAAGCGAUGCGAAGAUGAGAACGAUGUGCUGCUUCAUUACCUUCUGGCAAUGAUGAAUACGUUGCUCCACUGCGAAGAAUUUUCAAGCUCAUUUGCAAGAAGUAAUGUGGCGGACAUUUACCUGUCAAUCCUCGACAAACAUCACCAGCUCCCACUGUGUACGCGCCUUGUCGUGACUGCUCUCGCUUCCGUAUCUGGGAUAUGCCCAACAAGUUCAUUGCCGGCGCUAUGUGACUCAGUUGCAGAGACAAUCGCUCUCGAAGACGAUCCUCACAAGCUUGACGUUUCCAGAAAUCUCAGCACCCUCGAGCCUCACGGCCACCUCGCUCAUGGCCACAUGCUCACCGCACCGGUAACGGAAAUUACGACCAAUGCGAUUGACGAGCAGUCGAUUUACUCGCGAUUGGUUGCCAGUGGUGCAGAAGAUGCCAUUAUUGGGUGUCUCGAGGAAGCGUUGCGAGUGAACAAGUUCCUGUCAGUACUGGUGAACGGUGGCUGUCGGUUGCUCCACGCUGUAUUCGCUUUUCCGAUAUCUACAAGCAGUGAGACAGAAAACCGAUGGAUCUCUGUGGCCACCUCCAUUUUGCAGAGAGGAGACACGCAACAGAGAACACGAGAGCUGCUGUUUGGUACAACAUUGAUGGUCUUGUCGCGAGGGAAGCGCUCCGGCGAAGCAGCUACAGGACAGCAUGUCAAGAUGGUGAAAGUAAUUCUUGGCGUUCUGACCGAGUCGAUACAACAUGAAAGCAGCUGCACCUUGAGUCAAGCAGAGUGCGUUGGAGCCAUUCGCGUGCUGGAAGAAGUAUCGAAAACGUCCGAUUCCCUGCCAGAUACGCUGGUUUCGAGAUGUCUGGGAGUGCUGGGAAAGCUCCUAGGUGUCUUCAUUUUAUCGUCUUCUACCACAGCACAGGAAAGUCUGCGGUUAUUCGACAAUGCUAUUGCACUAUUUGCGACAACUAGUUACGUGAAUAGACUGUCAAGGAAAGAAAACGAUUGA